ACCUCCUCUCCAACCUCAAAACGCCCCACUAUCGACGAGUCCAACUUCAUCGACAUCCGCGCCCUCGUAACCAAAAAAGAAGCCGCGACAAUUAUCGGAAAAGGCGGCGAAAACGUCUCCUCACUCCGCGAACAGGGCGGCGCGCGCGUCUCGUUGAGCGAGAAUUUGAGGGGUAGUGUUGAGCGCAUCGUAACCGUCUCCGGAACGCCCGAGACCGUCGCAAAGACGUUCGGCCUAAUCAUCCGCAUCUUGACCGGAGAACCCCAAGAACCAAGCACCUCAACCUCAAAAACCUACGCCCUCCGCCUCCUAAUUCCCCACUCCCUCCUCGGCCACCUCAUCGGCCCCUCCGGCACCACAAUCCGCCAAAUCCAAUCCCUCUCCAACGCGCGCCUCAACGCAUCCGAAGGUCUCCUCCCACUCUCCACGGAACGCGCGCUCGUGGUCGUCGGCGUCGCGGAUGCGGUGCAUAUUGCGUUGUGGCAUGUUUGUGUCAAGAUGAGGGAAAAGUUGGAGAAGAGUCCCGGAGGCGGGGAGGGGCUUUUGGCGGGCGUUAAAGCGAUUAUGGAGGGGAUGGUUGUGGGGAGCGUGCCGUAUGGGAUGCAAGCUGUUGGUGCUGUUGGUGCUGUUGGUUUGGGUCAGGUUGGGUGUGCUGGUGCUGGAGCUGGAGUCGGGUAUGCCGCCGCUGCUACCACCGUUCCCUCCGACCCACAAGCUGCCGCAGCCUACGCAACUCCCACCCCAGCUGGCCCCUACGUCGGCCCAACCCAACCUUCCUCAGCAACCCCCAACCCCGCCUCCACCGCCGGCACCGCCACCGGAGGAAUCCCAAUCCCCGGCCAACCCCUCACCCAAAACAUCUACAUCCCCAACGACAUGGUCGGCGCCAUAAUCGGCAAAGGCGGCGCAAAAAUCAACGAAAUACGCCAAAUGUCCGGUUCCCAUAUCAAGAUUAACGAGCCUGCUGAUAAUAGCGCCGAGAGGUUGGUUACCAUCACGGGGACGCCGGAGGCCAAUCAGAUGGCGUUGUAUAUGUUGUAUUCGAGGUUGGAGCAGGAGAAGCAUAGG